AUGCCACCAAAGAAAAGAAAGCUUGUAGAAGAAGAGGAGGAGAAACCUGUUACGAAAUAUGCAGCAGGAAAGCAGCCCAGAAAUGGCGUUUUACCUGAGGUCGUGUAUAAUCACCCUAUGUAUCCUGAAUCGGAGCUUCAUCAGGAAAUGUGGACUAUCCCCAAAUUUAAUCUUUUUAUUAGUUUCACAUUAAAUUAUUUGAUUGAGUCUUAUAAGGCGAUGUUUAAGGAUUUCAUCAAAUUGCCAAGCAGAAAGUUCCAUCCCCAAUACUAUUACAAGAUUCAGCAACCGAUUUCCAUAAAUGAAAUAAAGUCAAGAGAUUAUGAGUUUCCAGACGGACCACAUACGUUUCUUCUAGAUAUUGAAUUGCUCGCUAAAAACUGCAUAUCUUAUAAUGAGCCAGAUAGCCUGAUUGUCAAAAAUUCUCUUCAAGUAGUUCAGUAUAUUGAAUAUGAGGUGUUGAAGGCCAAAAAUGUUACUCGAAACUAUUUAGUAUCAGAUGAUGUCAAGUAUCGAUUGUUAACCUACCUAAAACGUGUUAUAAACGCAACUGACAAGAAUAUCGAGGAGGAAAUGGGUGUCGUACAUUCCAAUACCGACGAUGUUAUGAAAAUAGCAGAACCCUUCAUGCAAUUGGUAGAUAGAGAUGAGCUUCCGGACUAUUAUGAAGUGAUUCAUAGGCCAACGGCUUUGGGGCUGAUCAGACAAAACUUAGAAGUGGGAUAUUACUCUAAGAUAUAUGAUUUCAUUGUAGAUACGCAAGCAACAUUUCAAAAUGCGCUGGUGUUCAAUGAUUUAGAUACACUGAUAUACCAAGAUGCCAAAAAGCUAUUGGGAUAUUUUAAUCAUCUGAUGCAGCACAAAUUCUUCCCAGAGCUACAAGACGCUAGUGAAAGGGGUGAAACUAAACUUGAAUAUGACAAGAUUGAAUACGAACAGUAUCUUGCAGACGGUGGAAAUGAAAACACUAAUGAGUUAUUAGAGGAUGAUGAUUUAACCGAUUACGAUUUUAAUCAUAUUGAAGGUUUGGGAAAUGGCUAUAAUAGAACUAUACUUUCAGAGGAUUAUCUUUUAGGGCCAAACGCGACGGAGUCUCAGUCAAAAAAGCCAAUGCUCUCCACGCCAAUUGAAGAGCCACCAAAAAUAUUAAAAUAUAAUAUAAUAAAAUCCAUGCAAAAGGAGUUGAUUUCUCAAGAGCACACAAUAGAAAAAGUACCUUACGAUAUGAUAGAUCAGGUCUCUAUUUUUUCUUCAAAAAGUUUGUAUCACCAGGCAACAAACCCCGGUCCAGGUGCAAAACCGUCAUGCAAUCAAAACUGGGUUGCUUAUACGUUCAAUGGCGCACAGAUGAAUCAGAAUGAAAAUAUGUAUUCCUUUAAUUUACAACCAGUUCAGACUUUUUUAACACUGACGGCAAAAAUAAGGCAUGCCGGAUUAGAGUCUUCUUUGAUGGUCAAUUCAGAGAAUAUAAAGUCGCUUAAGGUGAGCACCGAUGCAAUGAAGCAGGAGGAUGGUCAACAAUUGGAACAGAAUGAAGAGAAAGAAGUAAUAAAGAAUGAUUCUGAAAGAUUUGACAUCCGAUUAAACGAGGGGUUGAAUUAUAUUGUAUUCAAAUGUCAAAAUUCUGACAAAGAAAAAAUUGAAUUCAUGAAGUUUUGGGUAAAUGUAUUGCCAUGA